CCCUCAUUCCCUGCAGGCGCUGAACGCGCUGGAUGAGGCGGGGCUGGGUCCUGCGGCGGUUUCGGAGCUCUGGCGAGCCUACGAGCUGGCCAAGGCGUAUGAGGAGAAGGCUACGUUUAGCAUGGAGGGUGACGCCGCCAAUGAGGCCAUCCCGGCCUCCGUCACGCGCCCCGGAGCCGGCGGCGGCGCGCUGGGCACUCUGGGUCGCCUGCUGACCGUGCUGCGCCUCAUGUACGCCCCCGCACCCCAGCCGCCCGCAACCCUGCAGUCCUACCACCACCCGCAACAGUCCAUGCAUGCCAUGCAGCAACAACCCGGGUUCGCACCCCACCCGCUGCACGCGCAGCAUGGACCAGCUAAGCAGCACCCCCAACACCCACAGCAAACCCAGCACCCGCAGACGCAGCUGUACCCCUCGGGAGGCAUGCUGCCGACCCAGAUGCGCC